GUUCCUGCGUAUUCCUCAACUUUCUCCCGUGCGCGCGGGAAACCUGCCUGUUCGACGUCGCUCUCAGAACCAUGUCGAGGAAGUCGGCCGUGAGGAUCGGCACGCACGACGGUACUUUCCAUUGCGAUGAGGUCCUCGCCUGCGCGCUCCUGAAACUGCUGCCGCAGUACAAGGAUGCCUCGAUAGUGAGAUCCCGAAACCAAAAUGUCUUGGAUACCUGUGAUAUCGUGGUGGAUGUUGGCGGAGAAUAUGAUCCCUCAAGGCAUCGAUACGAUCAUCAUAUGAGAGACUUCCAGGAGUCAGUGAGCACUGUUAUGAAAAGACCAGGGUAUGAUUGGACAAUAAAGCUGAGCAGCGCUGGAUUAAUCUACUGUCAUUUUGGUCACGAGAUAUUGAGAAAUGUACUUCCGGAGGUAACGGAAGACAGAGUAAUUGACGACAUCUUUAAGAAGAUCUAUGACACUUUAAUCAAGGAGAUCGAUGGUAUAGAUAAUGGCAUACCGAUGUAUGAUGCGGAACCAUUGUAUCGAAUAGUUACCGAUUUAAGCGCGCGCGUGAGCAGACUGAAUCCUCAAUGGAACAGCCAGGAUGUGAACAUCGAAAAACAAUUUGAGAAAGCCAUGGCUUUGACUUUGGAAGAAUUUUUGGAAUUUGUACAGUAUGCGAAAAACGUUUGGUUACCAGCAAGAGAUGUUGUGCGACACGCUCUGGAGAGUCGAUUUGAAGUUGAUCCGAGCGGAGAAAUAAUAGUGUUGUCACAAGCGGUGCCAUGGAAGGAACAUCUGUUUCAACUGGAGAAGGAAAUGAAUGUGUCGCCGUUAAUAAAAUACGCUAUUUUCGAGUCCGACACUUACCGGGUUCAGUGUAUGCCAGUAGCGCUGGGAAGUUUUGUGUGCAGGAUGUUUUUGCCGAAAGCGUGGGGCGGUUUGCGUACCGAUGCCCUCGUGGAGGCUUGUGGAAUUGAAGGCGCUGUAUUUGUGCAUUCUGUUCUGUUCAUCGGCGGUCACAAAACCAAGGACGGCGCAAUAGCGAUGGCGCAGAAAGCGCUCGAGAUCGGAAAAGCUAUACAAUGUGGAGAAUGACGAUAUCUCUAGACCAUCAAUUUUUUUAGAAUUUUUAUCGAACAUUUGUUAAAAACAGUUUGAGGUAAGGAGAUUCUCCAACUUAGAAAGAUAGAGGAGGGUGACUUUAAUAAAAAAAACCGUUUGCAAUGGAUGUAAGUAGUGCAGUGAAGAAUUAAAAAUCUUUCGUUCUUUAAAAUUUAUAUUUGUGCUUUUAAUCUUUUAUAGUCAACUGAUUCAUAUUUUGUCUUGAUAUAAUUAAGAUCUUUGAGUAUUAGCGAAAACAAAAUUAGGAAAAGUUAAACUGUUUCUGAGAAACCUCUUGCAUAUAAACGGACAAAAUUUGAAAGGCCAACGAAUGACUAGAUAAAUAUUGUAAAGUUAUGAAGAAAUUUGCUACCUUGCACUACUUAAUAAUGAACAAUUUGAAUUAUACAUGCUUUUACUAAUGUUGCUACUUCCACGUUUUCACCAGUGUAUCGUCAUAUUUAAAGAGAAUUGUAUAAUUCAUGAAAAUUUCAGACUCUUACAUGAAAAUGAUAUGGUGAAACUUCAUUUUUUAAUUCCAAAAUGUUCUUUAAACUUUAUUUCUUCAUAUAAAUAUAGUUUUACAAAAUUUUUAAAAUUUGUUUGCGAUUAAAAUGUUUAAAACUCUUUCAUAAGACUGAAUUUUAGAAAAUUAUUUAAAGAAAAUUCAAAGAUGUUGAAAAUAUUUAGGAAUGCCUACAAAUUUAACAUACAAUAAACUUAGUCUCAAAAUUUGAUCAAGUUCUUAAAGAAGAGAAGGGGGUGGUAGAAUAUCAUUUUGUUUUUUUUUAAAUAACUCAAUAAUUAUUAACGCAAUAUAAUUCUUAUGAACAUCAUUUUAUUAGCCAUAGAGUUUUAUUAGUCACCCUAUAAAUAAAAGUUUAUCGAAUAUAUGGAAUUUACAAUUUACUGGAAAGGGAAAGGAUGCGUGAGAUAGGAGAGAGGUUGCAUACUAGCAACUAAUGUCAUAAAAGACAUUUUUAAUUAUAAAAAAUCACAAAUGAUCUUUCAUAGAUUUUAUACGAAUAAAUGUCACAAAACAAGGUUAUAUAAAGAGUAUACAUUUAUAAAAAUUUCUACUGCUUGCAAAACUCAAAUUCAAUUUUUAUAAAAAUGCAGUAAUGACUAGUAACAAUCCUAUAAUAUCUAAAUAGACUAUAACGAAGUAAUUUUAAUGGUUGCUCUUAAAAUUCAAUGCGAAUUAUACGACAUCAUGGUAUCUCAUCACCUCACAUCUAUCUCACGACCUAUCCCACUUCUCUCUAUAUUAUAUCAAAAGACUGGAGAAUCUCCUUAAGCGCAACCCAUUGUACAUUUCGCUCCGUUCAUUAAAUCGCACAUAAGACAA